AAAUUUCGACCGUUAGUGACGCCGAAGCCAGUGAAGGAGGCGUGCAGCUGCUCUGCGGGGUCGUUUUCCUCCAAAUAUACAAAGAAAUUCACUAUACGAUCCCAACCGACGCUGGAUCAGUAACGAUGGCUGAAGGCGAUAACAAAAGCGCAAAUAUGCUAGCUCAGGAAACGGCCCAGCUGGAGGAGCAGCUGCAGGGCUGGGGUGAGGUGAUCCUGGCUGGGGAUCGCGUUGUGCGCUGGGAGAAGCCCUGGUUCCCUGGAGCCCUGAUGGGUGGCACCACCGUGCUCUUCCUGCUGAUUUACUACUUGGACCCUUCAGUGCUGACUGGGCUGUCCUGCUCCGUCAUGCUGCUCUGCCUGGCCGACUACCUGGUGCCCACCCUCGCACCCAGAGUCUUUGGCUCAAAUAAGUGGACCACCGAGCAGCAGCAGCGUUUCCAUGAGAUCUGCGGUAAUCUGGUGAAGACCCAGCGUCGGGUCGUGGGCUGGUGGAAACGUCUCUGUGCCCUCAAGGAGGAGAAGCCCAAAAUGUACUUUGCCUCAGUGAUCAGCAGCCUGCUGGCAGUCGCCUGGAUUGGACAGCAGGUGCACAACCUGUUCCUCACCUACCUGAUUGUGAGCUUCCUCCUGCUGCUGCCUGGCCUGAACCAGCAUGGCGUCAUCACCAAGUACGCAUCGAUGGCCAAGCGGGAGAUCAACAAACUGCUCAAACAGAAGGAGAAGAAGAACGAGUAGACGAAAGUGUGGAUGGGAAUCUCUGAAAGAUGAGCCACGACAUGAAAAGGAAGGUGGAAGGAAGUCGUUUGAAGAAAAGAGGAGAGUUUCAAGUUAAAGGGCCUCCACUCGCUUGGUCUCUGCCACAGAGGAAGACACACGUCGUUAUUUUAUUUUCACACAUUGGAUAAGUUUCAUUUCUCCUCCCACUUGUUGACACUUCAGCCUCAUCACCCACUUUAUUUUUUUUUAAAUCAUUUUUUCUAAUUUAUCUUCAUGCAUGCAGCAACCACAAGUUUAUCUGAUGCUGUCACACGUUCAUGCACAACGAUGAAAUGCUCAGAACCACACAUGCUCCCUGCCACGUACACAAAGGUUACAUCUUCCUUCUGUUUCCUAGUUUAAGUGUGCUUCAUUUUAAGAUGUCAGUAAUGCUUGUAAGCCAUUCCCUCUUAGACAAAGUGACUACUGAGCAGUUUUUGUAGCAUUACUGCAUCAUUUUAACCUCUCAGAUGCCUCACAGUAAUUUUUUCUUUAUUUUUUUUUCCAGGAUUUGUCACAUAAGAACAGGUCAUGUAAAUCGUACCUACCUUACACUUCUGCUUUGGUUGUUUUUAAAAAAAAAAAAAAUAGUGCUGACAAUUAAACUGGAUUUAAAGCGGAGCUCGUCAGGAGUGAAACUGUGUCUAGAAACAAGCCUACUGCUGUACCGCUGCUAGCUGGACUCUGUGGUCUAUUAGCUCUUCUGUACAACCCCACAGUGUGUUACUGGUGUGGGGUGUCUCUGUGUAAAUAGACCUCUCCCUGACUCUGUCCCUGUCAGUCAUCUUUUCCUCUGUUCUUAUUUAUCUGUGUUCUUUCCUCCUCUGUCUCCUCGUUUAUGGUCUCAUCACUGUCUUUAACUCAUUUCAUUAUUUGUCUUUAUUGGAGAUCUUUACGAAGUGAAUAAAGUUUGAUUUAAAUGAA